AGAAACAACCACGGCAACACCGUCAUCAUAAGCAACAAAACCGACAAACUCCUAAAAUCAGGAACACCUCGGCCUGCGAGAAUUCCCACUGGCUCGGAAUGUCGUCUCCGGUCGGCUGGUUUGCAUCUUCGCCGAGUCCCGGCCCCCAAAGCCCGGGCAGGCCGCUCCAGGCACUCCUGCACCCCAAACGGGCUCUCUCACACAGGCACCUGCCCGGCGGGAUCUCCGAAGGGUCCGCUGGCGCCUGGACUCCGCCCUUCCCACCUCGGGCGGACCCCGAGUCCGGCCGCCCGCGUGGACCCAACCUUCCACUAACCAACCCUCCACUCAGCGAGGGAGGUGGACCCGGAGCCCAGACGAGCGGGGCGCAACGCCGGAUGUGGGGGGCGAAGGGGAGGGUGGCCGAGCGGAUUAGCGCGUGCGUCGUGCCCGAUCGGCCGUCCAGUGUAUACGGCGAGCGGGGCGCAAACGCGCCCGGACAGAAAGCCCUCGAGGGCGGGGAACUACCGCACACAGAUGUGGGAUAAGCAGAAGGAGGUCUUCUUGCCCUCGACCCCCGGCCUGGGCAUGCACGUGGAGGUGAAGGACCCCGAAGGCAAGGUGGUGCUGUCCCGGCAGUAUGGCUCAGAGGGCCGCUUCACCUUCACUUCCCACACUCCGGGUGACCAUCAGAUCUGCCUGCACUCCAACUCUACCAGGAUGACACUCUUUGCUGGUGGCAGACUGCGUGUGCACCUAGACAUCCAGGUUGGAGAACAUGCCAACAACUACCCUGAGAUUGCUGCCAAGGAUAAACUGACCGAGUUGCAGCUCCGAGCCCGCCAGUUGCUUGAUCAGGUGGAACAGAUCCAGAAGGAGCAGGAUUACCAAAGGUAUCGUGAAGAGCGCUUCCGUCUGACCAGCGAGAGCACCAACCAGAGAGUCCUGUGGUGGUCCAUCGCGCAGACCGUCAUCCUCAUCCUCACGGGCAUCUGGCAGAUGCGUCACCUCAAGAGCUUCUUCGAGGCCAAGAAGCUGGUGUAGUGUCCUCUCCAUACGGCCCUCUCCGCUCACCUCAGUUAUUUGGUACUUUCCCCACCCACUACCUUCUCCACCUGAAUUUCGAGGGAAAAAAAAAAAAAUGAAAAAAGAAUAUAAGCCACGUUGGUUCCAUGGCAACAAAGCAUUCAGAUCAGCCACUUGUUCCCACUGGUUUUGGAGGACACAGGACAUGGGUCCAGGCUCUCACAGAUCUGUCUUGGGGUUCAUGCAGAGUCAGAACUGGCCUAGGACGGAGUCUUGCUUCUUUCGCCUCCAGUGAUUCCCCUCCAUCAUAUCACAAAAUGAGCCAAUGAAAAAUCUCUCCUCCUUCUUUAACCUCUCUCUCCGUCUGCUCCUGCCGCAGGCGACCCAGAUGCCUCACCGCGGAGGCCCCACGUCCCUGCUGCCCUGUCAGUCCUGGUUCACUCAGUGGCUUUGUGAAUGUAAAUAAGGGGCAGGGGCCCCAGAGGAUCGAAAUGUUUUUCUAUAUAUUAGAACUAUUUUUUGAUAAAAUUAUAUAUUUUCCUUGCUAGUUGAAGUGUUACUGCCUUUGUGUGACUAGCUGAAAACACCAGAGCAGCCCCUUCUGCACUGCGUCAUCCACCCAUUUUUGAUAAGUAGGGCGGCAGCGCUCAGCAUUUCGGCUCUCAGGGCCUCAUCAGAGGGCCAGGCAGGACCUCCCUGGGACGCCUGGGAUUUCCAUCGCUCAGGCCCUCGGCAGACUGAGGUAGUGACAGAGCUAGCCCAAGGCAGGCCACGCUCACCCCCCUUCCCUUGCCCUUAUUUAAGCUGUUGUACAUGUUUUCUUCAUGGGAACCAGAUUUGGUUCUUUCUACAGAUUUUGCCAGUGAAAUAAAAAUGUGUUGUAGUA